UACAAGUGGUACCACUAGCUUAUUUAACUGUUAUAAGUAACUAUUGAAGACUUAGAAGUCAAAUAAUUCAAGACCAUGACAAAAGUAAUACCAAUUCUGUUCGCCUGCUACAUUCGCCUGUUCUCCAAUUUCUCGGUCUUAGUUCUGGAAGAAGAGGAUGAGCGCUAUCAACACCGAACCCGCUUUGGCAGCCUUAUAUUUUUCCUAUCUAUGAUGGAUGUGCUGCACGGCAAUGAGAUACUAACAAAGAAAAUGUACCGUAAGAGUCGGUUGUUCAAGACGUUGCUGGAUACAAUCUGUGUUUUGAUCAUUAGUGAGAUUACCAUGAUGUUUUUCUGGGUUAAACUAGAGGGUACUAUCGACAUGGUUCUUCGACUUAUCACUGAGACGGAUAACCAUCGUUUGGUUCUUCUGGAGGCGAUCACCGUGGGACUAAGUGUGUUUAGUUGGGCAAUGGUCUCCCCAGCCACCCAUAAGCAGUACGGACUGUUCAGCUUCCUGAGCCGAUCUUCUCGCAUGAUACAAGACGCUUUCAAGGAAUUGGCCGGCCAUUGCGGUAAACUGAUCAAAGCGGGAAAGCAGCCUAAAGCUGGUGCCACUAGAAUCAAAGGGAUUUUGAAGAGUUCAAGGAAUAAACGCAAGCUAAAUUAAAUAUCUGCAUUAGUU